AUGGCCGCGCGCCCCGGGCCACUCUGGCUCCUGGGCCUGGCGCUGUGCGCGCUGGGCGGCGGCUGCGGCUGCGGCCCCGGCCCGCGUCCCCCGCCGGGCUGUCCCCAGCGUCGCCUGGGUGCGCGCGAGCGCCGCGACGUGCAGCGUGAGAUCCUGACGGUGCUCGGGCUGCCCGGGCGGCCCCGGCCCCGCGCGCCUCCCGCCGCCGCCCGGCUGCCCGCGUCCGCGCCGCUCUUCAUGCUGGACCUGUACCACGCCAUGGCCGGCGACGACGACGGGGACGGCGGGUCCCCGGAGCGGCGCCUGGGCCGCAGCGACCUGGUCAUGAGCUUCGUCAACAUGGUGGAACGCGACCGGACCCUGGGCCACCAGGAGCCCUACUGGAAGGAGUUCCGCUUCGACCUGACCCAGAUCCCGACGGGGGAGGCGGUCACAGCUGCCGAGUUCCGGAUCUAUAAGGUGCCCAGCACCUGCCCACUCAACAGGACCCUCCACGUCAGCAUGUUCGAGGUGGUCCAGGAGCACUCCAACAGGGAGUCUGACUUGUUCUUUUUGGAUCUUCAGACGCUCCGAGCUGGGGACGAGGGCUGGCUGGUGCUGGACGUCACCGCAGCCAGUGACCGCUGGUUGUUGAGCCGUAACAAGGACCUGACACUCCGCCUCUAUGUGGAAACCGAGGAUGGGCACAGCUUGGAUCCGGGCCUGGCUGGUCUGCUGGGGCGACGGGCACUGCACUCCAGACAGCCUUUCAUGGUCACUUUCUUCAGGGCCAGCCCGAGUCCCGUCCGCGCCCCUCGGGCAGUGAGGCCACUGAAGAGGAGGCAGCCGAAAAAAUCCAACGAGCUGCCGCACCCCAACAAACUCCCAGGAAUCUUUGAUGACAUCCACGGCUCCAACGGCCGGCAGAUAUGCCGUCGGCACGAGCUCUACGUCAGCUUCCAGGACCUUGGCUGGCUGGACUGGGUCAUCGCCCCCCAAGGCUACUCGGCCUAUUACUGUGAGGGGGAGUGCUCCUUCCCGCUGAACUCCUGCAUGAACGCCACCAACCAUGCCAUCCUGCAGUCCCUGGUGCACCUGAUGAAGCCAGAUGCAGUCCCCAAGGCGUGCUGUGCACCCACCAAGCUGAGUGCCACCUCCGUGCUGUACUAUGACAGCAGCAACAACGUCAUCCUGCGCAAGCACCGCAACAUGGUGGUCAAGGCCUGUGGCUGCCACUGA